UAGAGAAGGGAGGGAGUGAACAGCCUCGGGCCCGCCUCAGCUUUACAAAGUAUUUUGGGUGAGAACGAAUUACAGAACAAGAGGACACAGCCCCGCGACCGUUAUAAAUCCCAGGUUUACAAAGGUUCCAGCAGAUCCCGCAGCUAGAAGAGGGGCUCCAGGGACUCAGAGCAGGCCCUGAUCGGCGCUUGGACUACAUUUCCCAGCAGCCUUCACACUGAGGAUCGGUCCUUUGCCGGGGGAAGGAGGGGGGGGAUGCUUACAGAAAGAUGGCCGUUUCGGAAGGGAUAGGAGACCAGACUCAGCAGGCAUGACUGGAGAGGGAAGUCCCAAUGGUGCUAGAACGGUGCUUCAGUGGCAGAAGACGGCUCACGAGUGAGAUCUGGAAGAACGACAGGGAAGACAUCCGUCAUUUGCUCCGAAGUGUGCAAGUCAAAUCCUGGGCAAAACAUGAUAACCCUGAUCACUGAGCAGCUACAGAAGCAGACUCUGGAUGAGCUGAAAUGCACACGCUUCAGCAUCAGUCUGCCUUUGCCUGAUCAUGCAGACAUAUCCAACUGUGGGAACCCUUUCCAGCUUGUGUCUGAAGGUGCUUCCUGGAGGGGCUUGCCCCACUGUUCCUGUGCUGAGUUCCAGGACAGCCUCAACUUCAGCUACCAUCCCUCAGGCCUGAGCCUGCACCUCAGACCACCCAGUCGGGGAAACUCCCCGCAGGAGCAGCCCCUCUCCCAAGUACUAAGCCCUGAACCCCCAGACCCAGAGAAGCUUCCUGUGCCCCCUGCUCCUCCAUCCAAGAGGCACUGCCGCUCACUCUCGGUGCCUGUGGACCUGUCUCGCUGGCAGCCAGUGUGGCGGCCCGCCCCCUCCAAGCUGUGGACUCCCAUCAAGCACCGGGGCAGUGCUGGAGGGGGUGGGCCGCAGGUGCCUCACCAGAGCCCCCCGAAGCGGGUCUCCAGCCUCAGGUUCCUCCAAGCUCCCAGUGCCUCUUCUCAGUGUGCCCCAGCCCACAGACCCUACAGCCCUCCUUUCUUCAGCCUGGCCCUGGCCCAAGAGUCCGCUCAGCCCUGCGCCACCUCCCCUCAGAAUGGUUCUUGGGAGAGCGAUGCUGAGUCCCUGUCACCCUGCCCACCCCAGCGCCGCUUCUCCCUGUCCCCCAGCCUGGGCCCACAGGCAAGCCGCUUCCUGCCCUCUGCCCGGAGCUCCCCUGCAUCUUCCCCAGAGCUGCCCUGGAGACCUCGGGGUCUCCGCAACCUUCCCCGAAGCCGCUCGCAGCCUUGUGAUCUGGAUGCCCGCAAAACUGGGAUCAAGCGGCGUCAUGAAGAGGACUCCCGGCGCCUGCGGCCUUCCCUGGACUUCGACAAGAUGAAUCAGAAACCAUACUCAGGAGGAGGUCUCUGUCUCCAAGAAACAGCUCGAGAAGACAGCAGCAUCUCUCCACCGUGGUUCAUGGCCUGUAGCCCCCCACCUCUCUCUGCUUCCUGCAGUCCUGUUGAGGGGUCAUCCCACGCGCUGAGUGAAAGCGAAGAGGAGGAAGAGGGGGCUGUGCGGUGGGGUCGGCAAGCACGACACAAGCGGACACUGUGCCAGCAGGACUUUGGGGACCUGGACCUGAAUCUGAUCGAGGAAAACUAAAGCUGAGAGGCCGCUUCCUGGGGCCACACAGAC